AUGGAUAUGGAGUCGCAACUGAAAGUGGUCCCAAUCUCAAAUAUCGGAAAUGAUCUUGUCGAAUUCGAUGGACCAGAUGAUCCGGAAAAUCCACAGAAUUGGUUCAAAGGGAAGAAAUGGGCCAUCACCGGUGCAAUGGGUGGUAUGACUUUUGUCGUCACGUUUUCCAGCUCAAUCCACAGUGUUGCCAUUCCUUCGGUAUCAUACGUGGCGUCCACUCUGGGGGUAUCACUGGUUUCGUUACUCCUCUUCGGACCUGCCAGUGAGGUGUAUGGCCACCGAGUGCCUCUUUUUGCCGGGUAUCUUGUCUUCCAGAUCCCCGUCGCCGUUGCUCAAAAUGUCGAGACCAUCAUGCUAGGCAGAUUCUUCGGAGGAUUCGCCGCGGCCUCUCCCUUGGCCGUGGUCGGAGGCGCUCUGGCUGACCAGUAG